CUUUGCCUGAGGCUUCGGCCUUCGUCUCCUCCCCUGACUUCCUCACGCUUCUUUCGCUUUCCUUGUCCUAAACUUUCAACUUCAAAAAUCCAUUUUUUCGAAUAAUAAGAAAAAAGAGAAAGAGGUUAUCCAAUGAAACUCUAACAAAAGCAUUAAAUUCUCACAAAAAAACAAAAGAACAAAAAUCCCACUCGGGAAAGUCUUAAAUUCUUUAUUUUUUUGGGGAGUGAAAUGUUCCGUAGUAGUAAUAAUGAUGAUUUCUCCGGCUCCUCGGAUUUAAAUGAAGAGGAUAUGAUUAAAGACCCACAACCCGAUGCUUCCACUUCUGGUAACCUCCGAAAGUCCGUAAGCCAGAGCACGUCAUCAUUAACCUCGAAUGGUUCAGUCGAAUCGAUAUCUGCGACCCGGUUCUCACAUGGGUCUAGACGGAAAAGCAAGAGAUGGAGAGGGUGGUGUCAGAGGAGAGGGAUAGCCGGGUUGGCCCUAUUGGUGCUUGUGUUUUUCAUCUUCAACUCUUGGAUGCUCUAUCGGAUUCGAGAUCCGGGUCGGGCCGCUGGAAUUAAGGUCAAGUACUUGAAGAUGAAUUCUUCCACGGUUUCUAUUAAGGAGGAACUAGUAAAGCUUGGUAAAGGAAAAAAGCCUCAGAAGACUAUUUAUGCAAGACUGUUGGCAAAGGCUUCCCAUGCCUUAGCUGAGGGACAGAACAAACCAGAGCCGAAGGACUUGUGGGUGGAUCAUGACAAUGCUUCAUUCUGGAAACCUUGUGCUGAUCAGCGCGAUUGGGAACCUAGUGAAGGAAAUAAUGGUUACAUAAUGGUUACUGCAAAUGGUGGCAUAAACCAGCAGCGAGUUGCUAUAUGCAAUGCUGUUGCUGUUGCCAGAUUACUUAAUGCAACACUUGUUCUUCCGGGCUUAAUGUACAGCAGUGUGUGGAGAGACGCAAGCCAGUUUGGCAAUAUCUAUCAGGAGGAUCAUUUUAUCAAUUAUUUGAAGCCUGAUGUUCGGAUAGUGAAGGAGCUUCCAAAGCAGUUAAAAUCAUUAGAUCUGGAUGCUAUUGGCAGUGUGGUCUCAGAUGCUGAUAUAGUGAAAGAAGCCAAGCCAGGUUUUUACAAAAAGUACAUCCUUCCCAUUUUACAUCUUAAUCGAGUUGUACAUUUUGUUGGAUUUGGGAAUCGCUUGGCAUCUGACCCUAUACCAUUUAAAGUGCAGAGACUUCGAUGCAGAUGUAAUUUUCAUGCACUGAGAUUUGUACCUAAAAUACAAGAAACUGGAGCUUUGCUGAUUCAACGAAUGCGUCAAAAUAUGUCUCGACUGGGGCCUUUGGAUAAACACCUUCUUGGUCCCUUGGCAGAACCCAAAAAGAAGGGGCAAAGAUCUCAUUCAACCAAAGCUUCCAGAUAUUUAGCUUUGCAUCUCAGAUUUGAAAUUGACAUGGUGGCACAUUCUUUAUGCGAAUUUGGUGGGGGUAAAGAAGAACAGAAAGAAUUGGAAGCUUAUCGUGAAAAACACUUCCCUGCCUUGAUAGAGCUAAAGAAGACUCAAAAAUUACCUUCCACGGCUGCUCUCAGAGAAGAAGGAUUAUGCCCAUUGAUGCCUGAGGAAACGGUGCUUAUGCUUGCAGCCCUUGGUUUCAACCGAAAAACGCGCAUUUAUCUGGCAGGAGCACAUAUUUACGGAGGGAAGUCAAGAUUGACUGCAUUAACUACCUUGUUUCCUAAUCUGGUUACUAAAGAGAACCUGCUCUCUUCAGCUGAAAUUGAACCAUUUGCAAAUUUUUCAUCUCAGUUAGCAGCACUGGACUUUAUCACUUGCACAGCUGCAGACAAUUUUGCCAUGACAGACUCGGGGAGUCAAUUUUCAUCUUUGGUAUCUGGUUACAGAAUCUAUUAUGGUGGGGGAGAAAUGCCAACAAUUCGGCCAAACAAACGCAGGCUUGCUGACAUAUUUGUUAAGAACAACACGAUAGAGUGGAGCGUGUUUGAGAAAAGAGUGAGGAAGGCUGUGAGACAAACCAAAAGGGUUUUCUCACGUCCUACUGGUCGGAGUGUAUAUAGAUAUCCACGGUGUCCAGAGUGUAUGUGCAGUGACCAGCCCUGAUGUACUUUUUAGCGACUUUCUGUUAACAUUUAGGCAGUGUAUUUGUAGGUAAAACAUUCUUUCGUAAACAUUCUUUUGGGCUUUUGAUAUCAGAUUUUACUCGAGGUCCAAGAAUUGAGGUUGAUUCGGUGUAAAAAUAUAAAACAAACUUCAAUUUGAGAAAAGUGGACUAUUUAUUGCUUUC